CACGAGGGGCGCGAGGUCGUCCCCAUUCGUCACCCGUCCGUCUUCCCCCACAUCCUCCAUCCCCAGCCCGUCGAAACCCUAGCCCGAAAUCCCGGCAAAAGUCUCGCUCUCGCCGCCUCCCCGGCGCCAUGGGUAAGAAGCGGAGGCUGGAGACCAAAUCCGCGGCAGCCGCUAAGUCUACCCCGGCCGCUGCAGCCAAAUCCGCCACUGCUACUGCCGCUAGCCUAUCCGAGGUCAUCGGCCCCGCCAUGGCGCGGAAGGAGGUGAAGCUGCCCGAGGAGGCAGGUGUCAAGGAGGAGGAGGUUGAGGAGGAAGUCGAGGAGGAGGUGGAGGUCGAGGAGGAAGUGGAGGUCGAGGAAGAGGAGGAGGAGGAGGAGGGCGAGAGUGACCCGGCCUCGAUUCAUUCGCUGCUGGAUUCCUUCCCCAAGGACCAGCUCGUCGAGCUGCUCCGCGAUGCGGCCGUCGCGCACAGCGACGUGCUAAGCGCCGUCCGGCGCGUGGCCGACGCCGACCCGGCUCAGCGGAAGAUCUUCGUCCACGGGCUCGGCUGGGAUGUCACCGCCGACACCCUCACCGAGGCGUUCGGCCCCUACGGCGAGAUCGAGGACCUCAGGGUCGUCACCGACCGCAACACCGGCAAGUGCAAGGGGUACGGAUUCAUCCUCUUCCGUCACCGCUCGGGCGCCCGCGCCGCUCUCCGCGAGCCCCAGAAGAAGAUUGGGAAUCGCAACACUGCCUGCCAGCUCGCCUCUGUCGGCCCUGUCCCUGCUGGUGGCGCGGUCAGCAACUCUGCGCCAGCCCCGGCUCAGUUGCAGCUGCCACCGGUACCAGAGUACACGCAGCGCAAGAUAUUUGUCAGCAAUGUUGGUGCAGACAUCGAUCCCCAGAAACUGCUUCAGUUCUUUGCAAGGUAUGGUGAGAUUGAGGAGGGUCCGCUUGGGCUUGACAAGGUCACUGGGAAACCCAAGGGAUUUGCUCUUUUUGUCUACAAGACCAUUGCGAGUGCCAAGAAGGCUCUUGAGGAGCCACAUAAGCAUUUUGAAGGAGUUGUGCUGCACUGCCAGAAGGCGAUUGAUGGACCAAAGCCCAACAAAUUGGCAGGACCUGGAGGCUUCUACGGUGCUGGGGCUUCAAGUGGCAGCAAGGGGGUUCCUGUUUAUGGAGCUACUGGUCAUACUCUACCUGGAAGUGUUGGUAUUGGCCAGCCAAUGUCACCUUUGGCUCCCAGCUUGGCUUCACUGCCUGGAGGUAUUGCUGCUGCCCCAGGGGUGGAUCCUGCUCUGGGACAGGCCUUGACAGCUUUGCUUGCCACCCAGGGUGCCGGACUGAAUUUGAAUAGCAUCCUGGGAGUUGGUGCUAAUGGCUCAGGGGUGCCUCCUCAGGGGGCAUCUGGUGCCCUAAGUGGUAGCAGUUUGCCGGGGAUGCAAGGUGGUUAUAUGGGUGGCUAUGGUGGUUCUGGUGGAUACGGGGGUGCACCGUCAGGAGGCCCUGGAAGAAAUUACAUGGGUCAAUAGGAUGGUUAUAACUAUUUUACUGUGGCCAGAUGAUUCUACAUGUUCCUGCUUGGCACUUAUAAACUCUCUUUUAAGCUGUUUCUGGCUACUCAAUUAUGCUGUGGUCAAAGUUUUCAUAAGGACUUUGAUUUCCUCCCCCUACCGUUUCGAAAUGAAAUAGUAUUUCGUACAACUAUUUAGAUUUUCAAAAGGCCAUCUUGUGGCUCGCAAGACAGUUGUAAAAGACUUAAUUCAUGUGGAUUUAAAGCACUGCGAGUUAACGACAUUACUGUUUUCGUGUUUUCUGUCUACUUUUUUUCCAAAAGGCCAUCUUGUGGCUUGCAAGACAAUUGUAAAAGACUUACUGUUGAUUUAAAGCGCUGUGGUAUUUAGCAAUAAUAAUGUUUCCGUGUUCUUUUUAUGUACUGUUUUUAAAAGGCCAUAUUUUGGCUUGCGAGACUUGUAAAAGAUUUCAAUGUCGAUUUAAGUAUUUUUCAUUUUUUUAAUGUAUGUUGAACCUGUUGUUGUCAUGGUCUUAAACAUAAUAUGUACUCUGCAUUUGUAAGUGCCAUUUUGUUACCAUCCUUAUUUUGAGGUAAUGCAGAUCUGUUUCUAAACAAAAGGUGGGCAUACUCCUUUUUUAUGCAUUAAUACGUCCUAGUUUGUAAGUAAUGUGCUUUAUUGUGUAUAAACUUAUAAAGUUGGUUAUAGAGUAUUUCCGGGUUCAAGUGAUUUACUCCCUUCGUUCCAAUUUUCAGGUUCAAGUUGGUUUUAAAAAUUAUGUAUCUAGACAUAGUCUACAUCUAGGUGCAUACGAAAAUCGAUAUACUUAGAAAAGUCAAAACGAUCUAUAAUUUGGAACGAAGGGAGUAUAUUUUUUAAAAGAAGGGCUACAACAUGCCAAUCAAGUACUUGCUUUAUCUAUUUUUUGUUGCUAGGAAUUUCUGUACUGAUGUCUGAUGAUCCUGCAUAAAUAACAGUGCCGUGAUUGUGAUGCCAAUGUGCAAUCAUGUGAAAUAUUACCUGUAGUCUGUUAAAUCUUGGAAAUAAUUAUCGAACAUAUCUUUGGUUUUGGAAGAGCCUUUUUUUAUUUUUCUGUAAUCAUUCUGCAGCAUCAUCUCCCUCGUAUUGCUACUACAACUUGUACACUUUCUCAUAAUUCAUGCAAAUGCAUACACUUCAUUCAGAUGUAUUGGUGUCCCUCUGGGGAAUGAUAGCUGAUGAAAAUUCAUUUGUUGCUUUGCUUGUAUGACGCUGCAUUCUCAGUUUCAUUAGCAGCCUCUGUCUUGUUAGCAUUUCUUUUGAGCUUUUGGCAAUGGCUACCAUGUAGAGACUAAGAAUCUCUAAGGGUAGUCAUUUACUAGCCCCCCCCCCCCCCCGGUAUAGUGGUUAAACAAUGACUUUGCUUGAUAGAUCGUCUUCCAUAUGUGACCAGAAAACUGAUUAUGGGAUUAUGGGCAAAUGCACAAGUGUAUACAAUCUGACUUUGUAGGGACCAAUUGUUUCAUUGUCAACAAAGGAAACAUCAGCUUUGUUAAUCAUCUCAAUUGCUUUUAGAAUGCAAAGGGCUAUUGCCAUACUCCUUUGCAUGACCACGUGAGAAUGCCAGUUUGGAACUAUAACAAAAAGGUGGCCUAUUACUUGAUUAGAAUUACCGAGAGAAGUCUCUGUUGUGUUACCUGAGAACUCCUAGGAAUGUUUCUAAAGCUUUCUCGUUUCUUUUCAUUUCCUUUUAACCACCAGCUAUUGGUUCUUAUUGCUUUGAUUGGGAAUUUGCAACCAUAGCUUCGGUAUAGGUUUUGGUAUUAUCAUGCUGUCAUUUAUUGCUUGUGUUCUUGUCCGGAUAUUACUUUCCCUAAUGUGCUACCUGUCUUUUUGGAAUGAUUUAUUUCACAUUGUUAUUCUGUUCGGUGCUUUUCAGUGUAUUGUUAGCACAAUUUAUCCUUAUUUUAUGGCAGUAUAUUCUGAUUGAUAGGAUUGAUGCUGUUGAAGUAGGCUGAGUAGUUGUAGUAUGCCAUGGAUCAUCCAAUAUCACUUGAUUAUUUCUUAAGUAGCUUUGAUGCUCGGAUUGGUAGAAUCCAUGCUGUUGAAGUGGCUGAGUAGUAUACGAUGGAUCAUCCAAUACCACUUGAUUAUUUUUUAGUUUUGAUGCUUCAGUAGUUGCUGCAUUGUGUUCUCAUGCUUUGCAUCUGAGACGGGUAAGUAAGAAGCACUCAUCCUUAAUGCCAAGUGGAGCAUAUAUCGAAAGAAUGCUCUUCCGUAAGCUGUUCCAUUCUCAGACCAGGGGCGCGUUGCCAGCAAGGACCAAGGACGCUGUGGUGAUGGUGUUUCAGCUUCAAAUGGUAACAGAUGCAGGUGUUGGGCAUGCUGUUGCAGCUUAUAGAGUAGGAGUAAUUGACUCUGUAUUCAGAUGCUGUAUGUUUAUUUUUUCUAUGCUGAAUUAUUGGGAAUGUAGUACUUGCAGACUGAUUCGUUUCAUUAGCCACGCAUUGUCAUCUGGGAAUUU